AUGAAACUGAUGGGCUUUGACCCUCAACCGCUUGAGAAUGAUGGCGUUCCCGCACGCUACUUGGCAGACUUGGAUGAGGAUGAUUUCAUGCUCUUGGGGCUCUCGCAGGAACAGGCACGACUUUUGGUGUCCGACGUACAAUGUCUUAUUACAGGCGUACCGGUGGAGUUAGAGCUUGCCGAUGCUCCAACUUCAGCGGCCGGGUCGCUUCUGUUGAAUCACCUGGAAAGGGGAAGCGAGCAAGAUCAAAUCCUUGCCGCCAAGACUUUGCCGAAAAUCUGUCCAAGAGGGGAGAAGCGAGUAGUGUCAGCACUGGCGUGCAAGGUGCAGGGCAUUGAGCUAGAGGGCUGCUCACCGAAGCUCUUAGUCGUCGUGAUUGAAGCUUUGAGAGAGCUGGCUCCCAAGGGCGAUUCUGGGAUGAUCAACAGUCUGAGCAGAUACCUUUUUGUCGAUGAUGCGAAGGUGCGACGAGCGACGAUUAUGGCACUGCAAGGUAUCAUAGAACAAGACGAGAGGAACCUCAAGUUGGCAAACAUGCUGCUUGCUCACCUCGAAGACUCCGACCCUUCGGUCCGUGCUGCUGCGACUGACGCUCUCGGAAAUUUCAAGAAGAACGAUGAAGACAUCCUGUGGGGUAUCCGUCACAAGAUCGACUUCGGAGACCAGAACUCCUUGUCCAUUGUCUUCCACGCACUUCAAGACCCCGAAGAGCAGGUUCGGUCGUCUGCAGUCAAGGUGAUCACCGACGCGAGCCUCAGCGCUCGUGACGACGGAGUACGCGAGAGAUUCUUGAGCCUCACGCUGCAGUACAUGCUGCAUCCUCUCCCUGCUGUCCGACAGUCGGCUGUGCAGGUUGCAAGCAAAGUGUCGCUCAAAGGGAAUCAGAGGAUAUGUGGUCAGAUGCUCUUCAUGCUGCAGGAUUCAGACUGGGGGGUGAGAAGAGAGGCAGCGCUUGCCUUGUCACUGCUGGGGGAUCGCACGGACGACAAAGUGAUGCAGGGCUUGCAGGCGCUCCAGGGAGAUUGCGAGCGCCAUGUCAGAGAGGCAGCAAGAGAAGCUUCUACACGGCUGCAAGGAACUUGA